AGUUUCGCAUGCCCAGGUCUGCAGCCAGCGCCAAGCGGAGCCCAGCAACAGCGCAGACUGACCUCGUAGCCAGCGGUGGAGCGCGUAGCCGGGUCAAGGCGCGCCGAGCUCCGAGCGGCGGCGAGUGAGCGCAACUCUGCCUCGCUCUUCCCCUCUCCGACUCUCGCCCAGCGCUUCUGCGGAGGGUCCCGGCUACCGGGGCCAGUUGCGUGCGCCACAUACAAGCGCGCGGGCAGGCCGGGAAGAUGAUGAUGAUGUCCCUGAACAGCAAGCAGGCGUUCAGCAUGCCGCACGGCGGCAGCCUGCACGUGGAGCCCAAGUACUCGGCCUUGCACAGCGCCUCGCCCGGGUCCUCUGCACCCGCGGCGCCCUCCGCCAGCUCUCCUAGCAGCUCGAGCAAUGCUGGCGGCGGUGGCGGCAGUGGCGGGGGCGGUGGAGGCCGGAGCAGCAGCUCCAGCAGCAGUGGCAGCAGUGGCGGCAGCGGCGGGGGCUCCGAGGCGAUGCGGAGAGCAUGUCUUCCAACCCCACCGAGCAAUAUAUUCGGCGGGCUGGAUGAGAGCCUGCUGGCCCGCGCCGAGGCUCUGGCGGCGGUGGACAUCGUCUCCCAGAGCAAGAGCCACCACCAUCACCCGCCCCACCACAGCCCCUUCAAGCCGGACGCCACCUACCACACCAUGAAUACCAUCCCGUGCACGUCGGCUGCCUCCUCUUCGUCGGUGCCCAUCUCGCACCCGUCCGCGCUGGCUGGCACGCACCACCACCACCACCACCACCACCAUCACCACCAUCAGCCUCAUCAGGCGCUUGAGGGCGAGUUGCUGGAGCACCUGAGUCCCGGGCUAGCGCUGGGUGCCAUGGCGGGCCCCGACGGCGCCGUGGUGUCCACUCCAGCUCACGCGCCGCCCAUGGCUACCAUGAACCCCAUGCACCAAGCCGCUCUCAGCAUGGCCCACGCGCACGGGCUGCCCUCACACAUGGGCUGCAUGAGCGACGUGGACGCCGACCCCCGGGACCUGGAGGCGUUCGCCGAGCGCUUCAAGCAGCGACGCAUCAAGCUAGGGGUGACCCAGGCCGAUGUGGGCUCCGCGCUGGCCAACCUCAAGAUCCCCGGCGUGGGCUCGCUCAGCCAGAGCACCAUCUGCAGGUUCGAGUCCCUCACGUUGUCUCACAACAAUAUGAUCGCGCUCAAACCCAUCCUGCAAGCGUGGCUAGAGGAGGCGGAGAAGUCUCACCGCGAGAAGCUCACCAAGCCGGAGCUCUUCAACGGCGCGGAAAAGAAGCGCAAGCGCACGUCCAUCGCGGCGCCGGAGAAGCGCUCGCUCGAAGCCUACUUCGCCAUCCAGCCGCGGCCCUCUUCCGAGAAGAUCGCCGCCAUCGCCGAGAAGCUGGACCUCAAGAAGAACGUGGUGCGCGUCUGGUUCUGCAACCAGAGGCAGAAACAGAAAAGAAUGAAAUACUCCGCGGGCAUUUAG